GGUACUGAGAGCGCAGUCAUUCAGCGACAGGCUUCAGCACAGAUUACAGCAGCAUCUCUCCGGGAUCCGCGCAGAUUGCAGCAGGAUCUCUCCGGGAUCAGCACAGACUGGAUCAGAAUCCCUCCGGGAUCAGCACAGACUGGAUCAGGAUCUCUCGCGGAUCAGUAGAGGUUGAAUCCGGAUUUUUCGGGGAUCUGUACAGGUUAUAUCAGGAUCGCUUCGGGAACAGACUGGAUCAGGACUGGAAGCAGAAUUUCCAUGUGGAAAUGGACGACGGGACUUCUCCGUCCAUUGACAUGUGGCGAGCGACAGGGAGGAAGCCCGGGAAGGUCUGCCGGAGCCUCUUUGGGCCGGUCGAUCACGCACAGGUCAGAGCUGAGCUACAGGAGGAGCUGCGGACGGAGCUGGAGGCAGCCAAGAGGCGCUGGGCGUUUGACUUUCAGCGGGACCGGCCGGUGCAGGGGGACGUCCAGUGGGAGGCUGUGUCAAGUCACAAUGUCCCGCAUUUCUAUCGAACCUCUGUGUGUGGUGGCCCACAAAGGGGACCGCAAGGUGAAGCUGAGCGGGGGAAAAUGUCGCCGCCACAGAAAUCUCACCAACUGCAGAAACCUCAGAACCGCAAGAGAAAGCAAACUGUCAUCACAGAUUACUACACAAUGAAGAGGAGGUUUGGACCUUCUGGUUCUGAGACCAAACAAUAAGGGAGACAAGCGGAACCGUGGCUUUGAUUUCUCUUCAUGUUCCCUGGAAAACACUGGGCCUCUGUGGUGAACCAUUGUCCUGGAGAAUUAUGACUCUUGGUUCAGUUACCAGCGGUUCAUUCGCAUUUAUGUUCAUGAGCAGAGCCCUCCCUGAUUUACUGUGGACUUGUUGGCCUUUGAUACUCUCACCCAGGCUGCUGCUGUAAUCCUGAGAACAACGACCUACGCAAGCAAUCGUUUGGAAGCAGAUUUUCUAAAGAGUUAGUGGAUGUUGUUAUGAGGAUCUGGACACUGGGUCAUGUAGUACUCACCUACUUGAGGUGGCUGAGCUGCUGUAUCUGCUCUUCUGUCACAGUCACCCACGGGGUGCAGGCAGCAGCUCAAUGAGAUCUCUCUGUUCAAUAUCACGUCAAAGGAAUGGACAAUGUGGGAGU